GCUUUCAGUCGGCACUUUAUUGGAUUGGAAUUCAGUGAAGGUAUACCUAAUAGUUCGCGUAUUUUAUUUCUAUUCAAACGGUAUAAUACAUCAUUAUAGUAUUUAUAUUAUUAUUAUUUUUGAUUUUAUAUAAUACAUACAUAAUAAUUAUUGUCCGGUCUUUGAUAUUACGAAGAAAAAAAAAAUCAAUCAAAUCAUUACUGAAAUUUGUUCCAUUUUGUCUUUUAUAGUUACACGUGAGUUUCGCAUCAAUAAUAAUUAAUAAUGGCCGAUCCGGACUCAUCGUGGAUGCUUGACGACGACGCUCCAAUGGAUUUCUCUGGAGUUGGUGACUCCGGUGCAGGUGACGAGGAUGCCGGCGGCAAUGAACCGCAGGAUACCGCGGAGACACCGGUCGAAGCUCCCAAACCGCCGGCCGAAUGGCGGAAAACUUACAAACUCGCCGUAAGCACAUAAUAAUAUCAUAGUUAUACAUAAGGUUUAGUUUUUGAUUAUGAUUUCGGGUAAACGAAAUAAUAUGUUAUCGUUUGUCCGAAAUCCGACCGGACAUACGUUUUCGACUGCGCAAAUAAAAAACAAAACUAUAUUAUCGUCACUAUUACAUACGAGUAUACGUCAUACAACUUAACAUUUUAAAACGAGUUUGCAUAUUAUUAAUGUUGUUUUUUCCCCUUACAAAUAACGGGCUAAAAAUAAUGGGCUACGGGCCAAUCGAAGACGGUAUAAUCAGCUAUAAUAGUGUUGUGUACACAGACAGAAAUCGACCCGACAACGACGUGCGGUCGCGGGGGUUUUAUAUUAUGCCUAUACGUUUUCGACUCGAUCCCACGCAAGCGGGCUCAACUUCUCUUGUUCCCGACCUCCGAAUCUCCCGAAUAUCCGUCGCCACCAUUCCUCCGCCCGUAUUCACCACGCGUCAUACCCUCGAAUCUCACCGCGUAAUAACCCCUAAUAACAGUCACCUGCUAUUUUUCCGGUUUCGCCUUAAAUUAUCUCGUCUUCGGUCUUCGUAGUUAUUAUUAGCUUUCUCCUUAUUUCUCAUUUUCCCCGCAGUACACGCUUUUACGGACUGUAACCCUGCCAGUAUAUUAUAUAUUAUAUAAUUACUCCUUAUAUAAUACAUAAGGAGUAAUUAUUCUGUACUUCGCGCAUUGUUGCCAUGUAGAUCGAGGAAAAGGACAGACACAGGAUAUUCAGACACUGGGCCCGACCGACCAGGCUCCAGUACGACCGGUUGUACGAAUACCAGCGCAACUACUACGACGAUUACAUACACUACAUGGACAGGCGUCAGCGGGGAUUGUACGACCCGGUGCCGGUGCCGCAGACGUGGGAGGAACGCGUGCUCAGGUCGUGCACCAACGACGGCCGGCGUCUGUCUUCGAAAGACUUCCCAUUGGUCAAGUCCAAGCUCAACGAUUACGUUGUAAUACCGUCCGUCUGCCGGGCCGACCACAACAAGCACUACUAUUUCAGACAGUACUACGAUUACCUCAUCGGCACACCGUGGUAAGUGCAGUCGAUUUUUUCGUAAUAUUAUCGUGUCACGUAUUUUCCAUAACUGUCUGUACGUAAACCGAACCAUAUUGGUUAUUACGAUAAGGAAUGCCCGGGACUCUAGCACUUGAAAUCGACGAAAAAGCGCUCGAAAAAGAGCAAUCAAUAGAAUUUUGUUUAAAAAAUCUAUACUACCGGAUUUGUAUUGCCCGGUCGUGUCCAACGAUCACAAACGUGAAAAGCAUUUAAGAUAUAACAACAAGGGCUGAAUUAUAAAUGUAAAUAUACAAUUUUCGAAAUAAAAAUUUACGAAAAUUAUAUUUAAUCUAGAAAAUAUUUUUCAAAACCGUAUUUGAUCCGAAAAUAUUUCGUGGCAAACCCCAUAGACUUAUUCAAUAUACAUGUAGACAUAUUCAAAUGAAGCUCCACUCACCGUGGCUGAUAAUUAUCUAAUCAAUCAUUUAAACAGCUGCAAGUAAUAAAUUAUUAGUGCAAUACUUAUUUAUAUUAAAUAAAUUAUUUUAAAAAUAGAUAAUCAAAGAUAGAUACAUUUUUAUGAAAGUGUUAACAGUAAAAUAUAUAAUAAAAAUAAAUAAAUAAAUGAAAGAUAUAUAAACAUCAUAAAAUUAAAAAUUAAACUGAUUUAACAGAAUCAACACUGAUUUAAAUGUUAUUUCGCCUUUGAUGUGACGCCACAAACCAUUUUUGGAUGGAGUAUUUUUCGGACAGAAUACUUUCGUCAAAAAUACUUUAUGGAUCAAAUACGGUUCUGAAAAUGUAUUUUUCGGAUUAAAUCCUGUUCGUAUAAAAAAGAAAACAGAAAAACAAACAAAAUAUGCUAAAAGACCCAAACCCUUAUUAUAAGGUAUACCUAUGUGUUAUGCAAAAUCGACCAAUCAUUAUACGAAUACGACUGUUUUUAUUUAGCUAGGCAAUUUAUGGAUUUCAUCGCAAUAGCUACAUCCGAAGAUAAAGUUUUGGAAGUCGAUUCGUUCGUUCAAAUUGACGUUUUCUAGCGACCUGGUCGUUUUCAGAACAUAUAGUUCGCCGACUCUCCUCCCCGCUAGGCGAUAUUUUUAAUAUAUAAAUAAAUUUGUAUUUCUAUGAAUUAAAAAAAAAAAUAAUAAUAAUACCUAAUGAUAUUAUCUAAUUGAUCUUUUUCAAUAGUCGAGAGAACUUUAAUAUACUUAAUUAAUUCAACGCGUUUAAUAACCAACGGCUUAAGUUUACAAAAUAUCAUAUUAUUAUUAUUUUUUUUUAUACAUUCAAAACAUAUUAUUCACGAUUAAAAUCGUUCGUUAAGUACCUAAUUAAUAAUAAUUAAUAAUUAUUUGUAUUGCUUGUUAAAUCAACCAGCAAUACACGGAACAAACAAAUUUUACUUAACACUUAAUCUUUAUAAAACGAGAAUACUAUAAAACGCGCCAAAAAUGCGGUUCAAUCAUGUAGUGCACAUGCAGUGUAAUAGUUUCAACAUGUCUAACGUCUCGUAUAAAAUAUAAUAUUGGUAAUGUAAUAUUAUUAUCUAAGUAUAGAUCUGGCUGUACGGUACUUUUUAAAUUUCGACCGGAAAUCGGUAACUAAACAUCUCAACAAUAUUUUGGCGUUUUGCCGACGUCUAUUAUAGUUUUAAUCGCACUGAAAUCGAAAUUAUUAUUCAUUUCUUAAGCGUACAUUCAUAUUAUAAUGGGUAUUUAUAGACGUUUUUGUUAUUAAUUAGACGAGUUUCAUAACUUUUUGAUUUUUCAGGGUCACGGUGACAACACUAGGACGCCAUCCCAACGUAUUGGACGUACCACGGCCAUCUAUUAAAGACCGAUUGCACGCUCAAAAUAACUAAAUUCAUCGUUCUGAUGAAGGCAGACAACAACUUAGAUUUCCCGUGAAUUCUGCUGUAUACCGUUUAUAGAACUUGACAUCAAUAAAACAGAAUUCUACAUUAAUA